UGGUGGUGCGCUGUCCAGCAUUUCAGCAAUCGGCAGCGGCGCCCGAGGGAAGACGGGGGCGCCGGGCCGUGGGGAAGCCACAGAGCUGCCUUGUCAAGCAAAAGACCGGGGACAAACCGGACCUGGAAGCCCGGCUCCAGCACCCAGAAGACUACAGAGGUCAGCGGGGAGGGCCUGCGGCCGAGGACCGCUGUCAUGUCCUCCACCGUGAACAACGGGGCCGCCGGCAUGCCAUCCCCGCCCGACGCCGCCAACGGCUUCCCGCAGCCCGGCGCUUCGUCCGGGACCUGGCCGCGCGCGGAGGAGGAGCUGCGCGCCGCCGAGCCCGGCUUGGUGAAGCGCGCGCACCGGGAGAUCCUGGACCAUGAACGCAAGCGGCGCGUGGAGCUCAAGUGCAUGGAGCUGCAGGAGAUGAUGGAGGAGCAGGGGUACUCCGAGGAGGAGAUCCGGCAGAAGGUCGGGACCUUCCGGCAGAUGCUGAUGGAGAAGGAGGGAGUACUGACCAGGGAGGACCGGCCUGGGGCCCACAUAGUGGCAGAGACCCCGCGGAGGAUGGACGGCUUGGAGCCGGGCCUAGAGUACCCACCCUUCGAUGAGGACGAUGGCCCGGUGGAUUGCGACUGCCCGGUCGCCUGUUACCGCGGGCACCGGGGAUACAGGACCAAGCACUGGUCCAGCAGCUCCGCAUCGCCCCCUCCCAAGAAGAAGAAGAAAAAGAAAGGCAGCCAUCGGAGGAGCCGCAAAAAGAGGAGGCUAGAGUCAGAAUGCAGCUGUGGGAGUGCUUCCCCCCUGCGCAAGAAGAAGAAGGGUGUAAAGAGGCACCGCAGAGAUAGGUCUGAUUCUGGGUCCCGGAGGAAGAGGCGAUACAGAUCUCGAAGCCUCAAGAGCAAAAGAAAAGAGAGAAACAAAGAACGCAAGAGGCCUCACACUGAAUCCCCAGGCCGAAGGUCUCACCACCGCAGCAGCAUCAGUUCCCACAGCCCUUCGAUGACCUCACACUACAGCGAUUCCGGAUCACCCAGCAGGCUGAGCCCCAAGCAUCGAGGUGACGGGCGGAAGACGGGCAACCAGCGAUCCAGCGGGAGCCGGUCGCCGUCCCCAUCGGGCGGCAGCGGAUGGGGGUCGCCCCAACAGAACGGAGGCAGCAGGCAGCGGAGCGGAGCGCACGGGGGCCGCCCCGGCUCGGCGCACAGCCCGCCGGAUAAGCCUAGUUCGCCCCGGGCCUGCGACAAGGUGGCCGCCGCGCCCACGCCGCCCGCGCGUGGGAAAGACAGCCAGCCGCGCUCCGCGCCGUCGUCGCAGGGCCGGGGCCGCGCGGCGGGAGGGGCGGCCAGGCGCCGUCGCCGGCGGAGGAGGAGGCGGCGAUCGCGAUCCUCGGCCAACGCGCCCCGCCGCAGGGGACGCCGGCGUGCCAAGCCCGCGCCGCCCCGGGGCUCGUCCCGCUCGCUCAGCGGGGCUCACUCCAGCAGCGAGUCGGGUGGCGGCGCCCCGGGUCCAGGGCCCGAACCGGGCUCGGAGAGAGGCCACAGCGGCCACGGGAAAAGGGCAAAGGAGCGAGCCCCGCGCGCGCGGCCCACAAGCACCUCGCCAUCUCCAGGCGCGCACGGCCGGCGGGGUGGCCCGGAGGGGAACAGCUCAUCACGCAGCCCUGGCCCCCAUCCGGGGUCCUGGAGCUCCAGCCGCUCACCGUCCAAAUCCCGCUCACGCUCCCCAGACAAAAGGACCCGCAGCCCCAGCCUCUCCCCGUCGCCCAAGAAACCUCUUGGCAGGGACAAGGACAGCGAAGGCCGUGCGAGGCAUGCCGAGGCUGAGGCCGCCCGCACCCGACGUCGCUCCCGCAGCUACUCGCCGAUCCGAAAGCGGCGCCGUGACUCGCCCAGUUUCAUGGAGCCAAGGCGCAUCACCAGUGCCCGGAAGCGCCCCAUCCCCUACUACCGACCCAGCCCCUCCUCUUCCUCCAGCUGCUUGAGCAGUGACCACUCCAGCCGGAGCCACAGCCGGAGCCCCAGCCCGGGCCACAGCCACGGAAGCUACAGCAGCCGCAGCCACGGGACUCGCAGCCGCUCCUGCAGCGCCUCCCGGAGCCGCAGUCCCAGCUACCACAGCAGCUCUGAGAGCGGGGGCUUCUGAGUCCAGACGGACCCAUCUGGGGUUAGGAGACCCUGGCACAAGGAGAGGCUGGGGACCUGAGACCUGGGAAGGAGGGGUCUGUACCCCCAGACUGCUACAGAGGUCCCGGGGUGGGGGGCGGGGCCGCACCGGGGCAAGCGGGGACUCGGGAAGAGCUUCUUCUUUGGUGGGUGUCCCACCCACAAGGAGGAAUCCAAUUGUCUUGUCCCUCAAGUGUGCCCAUCCCCAUGCCCUGCCCACCCACCACGUCCAGGGAACAAAGAGCCUUUGCGAACACAGGGAUUAGGUCACCAUGCCCCCCUUCUGCCUGAGGCCAGCUUACCAGCCUGGGGCCCAUUGCCUGGUUACGGCACAAGAGUCCACUGCUGGCUGUCACCUCACCUCAGCUCAGUGGACUCCUGCACAGCUUGGAGGGCGCCAAGCCCGGGACCUUCCCCUCCUCUUUAUCUCGCACGGGGUGAAUCUGCAAAGGGCAAAGCAAGCUGGCUCUAGAAGGGAAGGGCGGCCCACCUAACUCUCGGUGUGUUGCCAGGCAGGGCGAGACGUUGGCACUUGGCCCCGUCUCUCUCCCUGGCCCUCACAUCAAGCCGUAGGCCAAGGCCACACCUCCCAGGCCUUCAUCAGCACAAGAGGUGGCACAGGCCACCUUUGUAUCUAACCCUGAAGUCAAGAGCGGAGAUUCAGGGGCUGGGGACGUAGCUCAGUUGGUAGAGUGCUUGCCUAGCAUGCAUGAAGUCCUGGGUUCCACCCCAAACACAGUAUAAAACCGCGCAUGCUGGUGCACGCCUGUAAUCCCAGCACUCUGGAGGUAGAGGCAGGGGACCGGGAGUUCAAGGUCAUCGUAGGCUACAUAGUGAGUUUGAAUCCAGCCUGGGGUACAGGAGACCCUGUCUCAAAGGUGAGGGAGAGAGAGAGUCGGGGGAUUCAGGUCAGAAGAUAAAAAAGAACACGGGUAGAAAGCCGGGAAUUUUUUUUUUUUUAGCAUGGGCCCAAACAGUGCAGUCAGAUGACGAGGCAGGUCAAGGCCGGGAGACAGACAGCGACUGCUGUCGGAAUCAUGGGCCACGUGACAGACAGCUCCUGGUCACAAGCCUAGGCUAGCAUGCAGAGCACUUCGGAGCCUGCCGAGGGAGAACUCGCUACCAGGCCUUGAUGGGUCAGGGUUGGUCAGGGCUUUCGGAACAGGAGUGGUGGGUUCCAGCCAAAGCCCCCAGCCUGGAGCAUGAUGGGGAAGCAGCGGCCCCCUCUCUGGCCCUCUUCUGCGGCACCCAGCCCUCCCCCUGCUGGGGCCCUCAGGGAUCUCGAAGUCUUCCGUGGCCCAAUAGGGCAGAUGCCCUGGGCUCUGGUGGGGGAGGGGGGGAGUCUGGGGUCUGAUCCGGGUUCCCACCCUCUCUCAGUUUCCCCUUCCCUCUUUCUCCGCAGUGCGGGAAAAAAAUUGGACUGUAAUAAAUACACUAGGUGCCCGGA